UGUGUGCCACAUGCUAUGCUCGUCAUCUAACCUUGUGGAGUCUUCACCUCUUCACCCCAUUUUACCGGUGAAAUCACAGACCUUUGGCAAGGCUGUGGCUGACAUGCUCCAGGUCAGACAGCUUGAUGUGGUGGCCAAGAUACAAAGCCAAGGCUGGCCGAAGCCUGGGGUGUUUCCCUACAGCACAUGGCUGUUCAGUGCAGUGCAGUCAUGAACAAGACAAAUUAUUGAGCCCAUAUUCUCUGUCAGGUUCUGUGGAUUCCUUGGGGAAUGAGACAGAGGCUGCCGGGGCCCUGGCUGAGCUCAUGGUGGGUGGGGCACACACCAGUACCAGCAUUACUGAAGGGCAGCAGGUGCUCUCAGAACCAGCCUACCUUGCAGCCCUUAGUGUCAGGGACUGGCCUCAGAAUGGGGCCCACGUAUGUUGCAGUGACUGAAAUUGCACCAUUGUUACUUCGUUCUUUUGGCUUAAGGAUUUAUGCCCAGCUGGUGCUGUUCUUUGAAGGAGGGAAGGCAAGAAUAGACAGGAAAAGGGAAGGAGCCUGGGAUGGGACCUCCCACCUGGUACCAAAUGGCCAGAGCUGUGAGGCUGUGGAGAGCAAUGAGGCCUGUGGGCUUAUUUGCCCAGUCCUGCCUAUGUGACCUAAUGUGGGCCAGGUCGGGGGGGUCGGGACCAUGGGAGUUGGGGAGCCCAGGACACUGGGCUGAUUUCAUUGCCCAAAGAUCUCUCAAGACUUGUGGAGGAUGGGAAUGGCCUAUGUCCUUGUUCUAGGGCUUUCUGUUGAAGAUUCUAAGCUCCUGGGACAAAAUCUGCCAGCCCACCUUUGUGAGGGGGCUAGAAGGUUAGUGUCCUGCCAGGGUAACCCAGCAUGGGAGGGACUUAGGGCCCCUGUGCAGCUAUGCUCACAACCUGGCCCUGUUCCUGGUGCCUUGUCUGCACCUAGGAGUCCAGGACCUGACAGCUGGCUUACCUUUCCCUGCCCCCAUAGACCCAGUACUCAUUGAGGUGGAAAUGACUCAUGCAACAAUGGGAUAAUUUUUAAAGCAGAAGAGGCAUUCUAAUAGGCCCAAGGAACCAGGUGAGAAAGGCAUGUUACAGAUCAGAAUGCCUCCCAGGCCCCAGGAUGGCAUUUUCUUACCCAAAAAUGUGCAUUUCUUUUCCUGCUCCUUGCAAGGCCCUGCUUAAAAAUGACACUGAAUCAGAACUGCUUCUGAGGGCAGGGCUGGGCAGUGGGGGUUGAUAUAGUGGGCAGGAGGGGACUUGGCCAUGUCCCCCUUUUGAAAUGUGAUCAAGCAGGUUUUCAUACAGUUGUGGGGUGCUGGGCACCAUGCAGCCUGUGUCCUGUCUGUCCCUCUGUGUGUGGCACAGGGCAGACAUUGCAUUCUGGGGAGUGACACCUGGGUACCAGGUUGUAUGCUUGGCCCUGCACAGGAGCUCUAGCUGUUGGGACCUGUGCAGAGGAGUGGUGAAAGUGGGGCUGGCCCCUUCACACAAGGCCACAGCUGAGCAAGGUCUUGAAGACACAGUGUGGCUGGACAGGUGGGCAGAAAGAACAGCCUACUCAGAGGCUUGGAGUGUGUGCUGUGCCCCUCGCCAGCCUGCCAUGAGUCACCGUGGUAUGGGCUGUGUUGGGGUGCUUGGGCUGGGAGGCUUGCAAGGGUGUUCCCAUUGUGAGGAUCCUGGUGUGACUGAGGAAAAGGAGUUAAGGGGAGCAGCAGAAGGGGUGGUGGGAUCAGAUUUCAUUUUAGGAAUAUUCCUUUGGCUACCGUUGGAGAGAUUAGUGUGGAAAAUGUGGGAGGCAGGAGCUCAGGGGGACAUGGGUUGGGGAGCCAUGGAAGCAUCAGAGGGAAGUAGAGUGGGUAGUGGGGGGCUGGGCACACACACUCACACACACAGUUGUGUGGCAGAUUCAGAAAAGAGUAAUUCCAGGAGACUGAGGUUUCCAGUUUGUGCAAAAGGAGAGGAGGCCACCACUCUGGACAAGGGGAGGCAGGAAGCAGGUUCAGAAGAGGUGGGUGAGGGAUCAUGUGUCACAGGGUUUGGCUGGGUCCAGUGAUAUCCUUCAUGAAGAGACUUUCUCUGUCAUACACAAAUUGUCGUGAGUUCAUCCUCUGGCCCAUGUGUGCCAGUCUGUGCCACCUCCAAGAUGCAGCUGGAGUGCCAGGGUGGCAGGCUGGGCUGGGCCCUGAAUGGGCAGGGCUAGCUGAGCUGCCCACCCAGCUCACUGUGACACUUCUGUUUGCAGGGUGGGGCUGGAGUUCAGCCUGGCCUGUGUGUGCUCUGGGGCCCUUGGCCCCACUAGUCAGGCUGCACAGCCUGGGCUGAUGGUCUCCCUGGAGAGAAUGCAACUUAAUUUCUGAAUUCACCUAGAGACUGAGCCCCUCACCAUUCCUUGCUGUGGUCUCUUCCUGGCCAGGCCUGACUGCCAGUGGUUUAAGGUCCCAGGACAUGGCCUCCAGCUUGGUUUACAGAUCUCCUCCCCUCAGACUCCAGAUUUCUGACCAGAGUUCCUGGGCCCCUUCAGGCUCUAUUCUUGGAGGUGGUUGAUUUCACUGUUUAUUUUGUUUUGAAUUCAAAAUAGACUAAGGAGACCAGAGCCUUGCCAGGGAAGGUGGUUGAUCUGGCUGAUCUUGUUGGUUUUGUCCUGGUAAAUUCUGUCCUUUUCCAGAAUCCACCCUAGAUUCCUAGAGCUCCAUGCCCAGGCAGGAAUUCCCCCCCCCCCUCUGCCAGUGACUCCUCCCUUCUGGCCACCAGCUCUCUUUCCUGGCAGCCUUCCUGGCCCCCAGCAGUUGAAGCCUGGCUUUCUGGAGGCUGCCACCUCUGGGCCUGGCUGGGACUCAGUGCACAUUCUUGUCCAAGCUCCAGGCGCCACCACCCUCACAGGGAAUUACUAGUCCAUCCUGGGGAAGAAGCAGUUCCUGCCAGAGAGUAGCCUACUGCUGGCCUGAGGUCACCAUGCAGGGGAGGGUGGAAAAGCAGAGAAUGGCCCUGUCACUGUGAUGUCAACUCCUGUGCCAGCUGGAUUGAGUCUCUGUCCCCUAGAAGUGCUGGAUUCUUAUUUCACAAGGGCCACUGAGUCCUUCCCAGUGUAGGUCCUGACACUUAGGACAUUGUUGGAGGCACCAUAGCUUAGUAGUCUAAAACUUGAGUUUGAAUCCUGAAUCUAUAGCUGUGAGAUCUUGGUCAUGUUACUAACGUUGCUGAUCCUCAACUUCCUCAGCUGUAUGUGAGGGUCAUGAAGGUGAGGAGCAGGAUGCUCACCACAGGUGGUCUGUAGCACCUUCUUCAUUAAGCCUUUCUCAGGUCUGCUUUGAAGCUGGAUAGACGUCUCCCUGAUGGAUUUGGAGAACUCGGGGUUAGUUCUGUUGUGGUGGUUACAUAGGGAUAAUAAACCAGAAAAAACAUGUCAGAAAAGUUGAUGUUUAUUUAAGAAAACCAAACAAAAUCAAAGUUGCAUUGGCCUAUAGGAUUGGUGAUGGACAGGCGGGUUCUGACUUUCUUGUUCCAAGUUGGGUAAGUAACACCACCUUUGCUCACUUGCAGUAACUCCAUGACUCAUGCCUUGUUUCUCCUUCUCCCCUUCCAAGCCCAACCCAAGAUGGCUCAGCAAGGAGGCCUGCUCCCUGGCAAACGUGCUCCCAAAUGGAUGCCCAGAAAUUCAUUGUUAAUGUUCCAACUUUGUAGGAGAGAGUGUGAGAAUUGUAGAACUAUGGCAGUCUACAUCUGGGGCUCAGGGUGGGUGGAUGUGUCCCACUUUAAGGUGUGUACUCUUUACCCAGUUGUCCUGGCCUAGAACAUUCCAUUUCUGAACCUUUCCUGAGAGAAGACAUAGGGUGCUUUCCCAGCAUCUUAUGAAUGAGGCCGUGGGAGUGCAGAGCCUGUGACUGUCUGACCAGGACCAAGGCCAGACCUGCAGCCCCUGCACUCACUACUGUUGCUGUUCCUUCUCCCCCAGCCUUAAUUCUUCUCUUCAAUCUCAGCUUCCCCUUCUCCUUUCUCAUGUCCUCUCUGCCCUCCGGAACCUGUGUCUCCCCACUGUCCCAUUGUCCUUGCCCCUGUUUCCUUCCCUGAUGCCAAGGGUCAGCCUUGCCAUACCCCUCCCACUUGGUCUCUGUGUGGUCUGUGCCGUUUCUCCCCCAGCCAUAGCUGCAUCUGGGCCUUGGCAUUCCUGAUUUGCAUGAAUCUGGGUCCUUCCUUCCCACCUCUCCUUUCUCAUUUGGACAAAAACAAAAACGUUUGAGCUUAACAAAGAGCUUCUGAGCAUUUCCCUAGAGAAGGUGGCUUUCGUGGGCAGCCUGGGAUUGCUUUGUCAGGUUUUCAUCACUUUUUUUUGCCAAAAAGAAGAGAAAUGAGAUGUCAAUGGUCCUGCUGGUGAGUGGCAUGACUUUGGUGAGGCUGGAAGGGUGCCCCAUCAGUUCUCAGUUUUGGCGGCCCUUACUGAGGCGUGGUUGGCUGGCUCACCUGCAGAGCACACUGGGUGGACAGUGCUCAUUGGCUGGCUUUAGGUAGACCGUCUCCUCUUUCAUGUUUUCACCAUCUUCUUGCUUGACUUAUAAUUAGGCUGGAGUAUGGCCUGGGCUUCAGUGGGAGUGCACCAAGCUGUCCCAUCUCCGUGCCUCUCUCCUGCGUGGGACUGGGAUUAUGUCUAGGAGUCAGGGCUGAGAGGAGACUUCUGUCUUUGGCACCAAGUAGACACCUGAGAAAGUGCCCCCUGAGAAGGUGUGAGCAAGGCCUGAGUAGGGAGUCUCUGCUCGGGCUGGCAUUUUCCAUGGCUCACCAAGGAUCUAGGGGUGCUGGAUCCCCACUAGGGAGGGGUGGAAGUGUCCCCUCACCCUCGCUCACUGAGCCCCUCACCUGUAGCCUGCGUCGCCCUCCCUCCAUUCACUUCUCAGUUUCGGCAGUCAAGGGCUGGGAGGGUGGUGGCCAAAGGUGCCAUUUGGUAUGCAAGCUUUGUAAGCCCAACCUGUGUCUCUUGAGGAUGACUUUCUGAUUUGAUUUUCUUUCCCUUCAGAGUUGUGGGAAUUCACAGAGGGGAAAGGGUUUCUUGAGAAGAUUCCAGCCCUUGAGCUGCCCAUUCCCCCGAUACAAUCCCCUGGGCAUGGCUCCCAGCUUCGUCCAUGGUCACACCACUGGGCUGGGAACGAGAGAGGAACCUGCAGGGCUAUGGUCCCAGGGGGACUGGGACACACACAGAGCUGGGCACUACUGGGUGCUCUGGCAACACUACCUGAGCCUUGCUGAACGGCAAGACAGCCAGGAGGGAAGUUGGAUCCUGACUUUAUUUGGGUUUCUGAUAUUUUAUCAUUUGUUUUUUGCAUUAAUUUUGAUUUUAAAAUAUUCAUGAAAACAUAAUUUUGCUUGCUGAGCCUUUUUCCAUCCUUCAGAUUUUCUCCUAGCUCCCCGCCUGGCCACCUCCUCUCCCCGGCCUUGGGUCCCCUCGGUCCCUUCGGUUAUGGAAUCGCGGCCGGGAGCGAAGAGGCCGCAGCCCCCUUUCCUCCUGCAGCCUCACACCCUCACCGCUGGCGGAUGCUGGACAGCGCGGGGGAGCAGAGGGCCCUCGGCGGCUGCGGCUGCGGCUGCUCCGUCCUCCUGGUGCCUGGACUCAGCGGCAGUCCCAGGAGCCCGGAGGAGCCCGGGCGCCCUCUAGCGGCCGCGGAGUCGCGGUCCAGAGGCACCGGGCAGGGAGGGGCGCGCAGGUCGCAAGCCCCUGACCUUGUCCCGACCCGGAGCGGACUCGAGAGACCUCCCGCCAGUCCUGCCCAGGGAUGGGCGGUGCGGGGAGGUGGAGGAACGGCUGUCACUGCCAGGUCCAGGCCCCGCGCCUUCCUCUCUCCUCCGCCCCUCCUACGGAUGCUCCAGACCAAGAAGCACAGCAAGUCGUAAGAUUCCAGAGAAGAGGAUAGAGAUGGAGAUGGUGGAGUCCAGGUGGGGGCGCGCUUGGCAUCAUCACUGCAUCUCCUGAAAUUCCCUCACAUGCACCAUGAACAUCUCUCAUAUCCUGGCCUUGCUGCUCCCAGGAUCCCCACAGGGUCAAAACAGCAGCAAGUCAAAGGGCACUCCAUACAACUUCUCUAACCACUGCCAGGAUUCGGUAGAUCCAAUGGGCUUCAUUAUCACCUCCUACAGCAUCGAGACCAUUGUGGGGGUCCUGGGCAACCUCUGCCUGAUAUGCAUGACCAUUAGGCAGAAGGAGAAGGCCAAUGUGACCAACCUGCUCAUUGCCAACCUGGCCUUCUCUGACUUCCUCCUGUGCCUCAUCUGCCAGCCACUCACGGCCAUCUACACCAUCAUGGACUACUGGGUCUUUGGUGAGGCCCUUUGCAAGAUGUCAGCCUUCAUCCAAUGCAUGUCAGUGACAGUCUCCAUCUUCUCACUCGUCCUUGUGGCCCUGGAGCGGCAUCAGCUGAUCAUCAACCCAACAGGCUGGAAGCCCAGUGUCUUCCAGGCCUACCUGGGGAUUAUUGCCAUCUGGCUCAUUGCCUGCUGCCUCUCCCUGCCCUUCCUGGCCAACAGUGUCCUAGAGAAUGUCUUCCACAGGAACCACUCCAAGGCUGUAAAGUUCCUGGAGGAUAAGGCAGUCUGUACUGAGUCCUGGCCAGUGGACCACCACCGCAUCAUCUACACCACCUUCCUGCUGCUCUUCCAGUACUGCAUUCCACUGGCCUUCAUCCUGGUCUGCUAUGUACGCAUCUACCAGCACCUGCGGAAGCGGAGGCAGGUCUUCUGCAAGGGCACCUAUAGCUCACGGGCUUGGCAGAUGAAGAGGAUCAAUGGAAUCCUUGUGGCAAUGGUGGCUGCCUUUGCCGUGCUCUGGCUACCCCUUCAUGUGUUCAACACCCUGGAGGACUGGUACCAGGAAGCCAUUCCCAUCUGUCAUGGCAACCUCAUCUUCUUGAUGUGCCACUUGCUUGCCAUGGCCUCCACCUGUGUCAACCCUUUCAUCUAUGGCUUUCUCAACACCAACUUCAAGAAGGAGGUCAAGGCUGUGGUGCUGACUUGUCAGCAGCGCACCCCUGUGAAGGAGUAUGAGCAUCUGCCCCUGUCCACCGUGCACACAGAUGUCUCCAAAGAGUCUCUAAGGCUCAGUGACAGGUCCAACCCCAUUUAGCCAUGUUCAUUGCCAGGCUUCUUCACUUAGCUAAGUGGGCUGUGAGCUAGAGGUGGCACUCCCCACUGGCUUUCUGCAGUCCAGAUAGGCUGGCAGGAGCUUGUUUUGGUAUCCAUUUGCAUUAUGAAGCCUGACAUUCAGACAGCCCAGCUAUUUGCUCCUGGGAGAAUUCUGCAGGUCACAGUGUGCCUUGCAGCUUGAGCAAAUGUGAUAGCCAGAGAUGGUCUGCUUGUAGCAGGCAGAGUUCAUUCUGGUAACUCAGCAACAGAUGCCACCCUGGGAGCCCUGGGGUGUCACCUCUACCAGUGAGGCUGCGAGGUCACUGUGGGGUGAAGGAAGGAGCGUGUGGAGUUAGAGCUGGGGCCCUUGGCCAGUCCCUAACCUCUGUGAGAGGUGAGGUUUGUGGACUGCCAUUAGGUGGUGAAGAAUUCAAUGGUGGCAUUACUGUUGUAUGAUCAGCACAUGCCGCUGCAGAGAAUGGGUCCUGGUAGGCUGGGGUCCUCCCAUUCCUCUAGAGUAGGAACAUCAGCCCUGAGCAGCAGGAAUUUCAAGAUUCAUAUCUUACUCCAUCCUUUUUCUUUUUAACUUCGUCUGCUAUCUUCUAGGGAAUAAGCCUGCCGAUACCUCCCCUUGGUGAGAUCGUGUGUGCCUUGUGGGUGAUAGCUGUAUUGUCGUAGAGCUUUUGUCCUCUAUGUCCGGGACAGGUUCUGGCAUGGGGACAGUGUUCCAGACACAGUUGCCAUGGUAGAUGGAUCAUAAAGGUGCCCCUGCUGAGUACUCAGCUGAAGACAGGUGCUGUGUGCUGUGGUCCAGCACGGGGUAGAAAGAAUGGAAGUUCUGUGGCCAGGAUUCUCACCUGACCCUGGUCUGCCUGCCCGCUGCGCAAAUGUAGUGUUCACAAAGGCACAGACUUACACACGUGCUCCAAUGCACUAUCAUUGACUCGAUGAACAGAGCUCUGCCCAGUGCUCUGGGGCUGUGAGGUGGCAGAGAGUCCCAGAGACAGAGACCAGCUUGCUGCAUGCUGACUUGCCCUGAGGUGGACCGAUGCUAGUGCUUGACCUGCCACCAUGAGAAUAAAGCCGGGUAUAAACCCUUUUACCACCAACAUGCUGUUGUCAUUUUUUGGUCUCACUGAAUCUAGAGUGAGCUUGUCCAAGGCUGAA